UUUUUCAAAAUGGCGACCAUUUGUUGACAGUUACCUGUCCGUGGAUUAAUUUCCAGUCUUUCAUACCAGUUGUUGCUUCAGCACGGAGAUAACUAUAGCAAGAUUAUGUCAGUACAGUGUUGAGAACAUAACACAACAAAGAGUUGAACAGAAAGUUUAACUUGCAGUUUAGUCUGUGGGUGCGUAUUAUCUAGAUACAGUAAUCAAGAUGAUGAUAAACGACCAACUAAUCCUCGAGGAGGAUUACGAUGAAAACUAUGUUCCCCCUGAGGAUGAGAUUUGUGAAUAUGCCCAGUGUAUUGGUAUUGACCCUGAUCUGGAACCACAUUUGCUAUGGAUUGCUAGAGAAGGCAUCAAUGCUCCCCUCCCUGAAAAUUGGAAACCUUGUCAAGAUCCAAAUGGUGAUAUUUACUACUUCAACUUUGCCUCUGGUGAGAGUAUAUGGGAUCAUCCAUGUGAUGAGUUCUAUAAAAAGAUGGUAACUGAAGAAAGAAGGAAAGUUAACCUGUCACAAAAACAAGGUGGAAUGGCAAAAAGAAAAGGAAAACCAGGAAAAGAUGAUACAAAAAAGAAAAAAGACAAACUAUCACCAGAAAAGCAACUUGGACCUUUAAAGGCUGAGCAGAGUUUAGGUACUCCAGCUAUGCAUAAACAACUAGGCAUGGAUCAAAACAAGAUGUCUGGGGGUCAGAUGUCUGGGGGUCAGAUGGGGUUAUCUGGUGGACAGUUAGGACCAUUACGGGGAUCUGCAGGAGUCAGUGGACCAAUACGAUCUAGUCUCAAUACUACCACAGGGUCGUUAAACAAGUCUGGUCAGGGUAUAGGUGGCAGUGUUAACCUGUCAUCACACAUGACCAGUAGUAUGUCACUACCUGUAUACUCAACAGAAUACGAGGAUGAGCAUGAAGAGAGGCCUCACAGUAGAAGACAGAGUGUAGAUGGUGAGGCACAAGAUGUUGCUGCCCUAGGCUAUGAGGAUUCAGAACAUGAUAGUGACGAUAGUGAAGACUACGGGAAAGAUGUUGAUUUUGGUAUAGAUAAGAAUCUGUCAGAGAGGAUUAUGGACAUUGAAAAUGACCCAGCACUAAGAGGUUCCCUUGAGAAGGAUUUUGAUGUGACACUGUCAACAGCAAGAGGGGAUGAAGUCAGCAAAACAAACCUGCUAGAAGAGGAUCGGAAACGACGAGCAGAAAUGGCAGCAAGUGCUGCGGAAAAACGUAUAUUUGGAGGAGAAUCCUUUGGAAACUCGCAACAAAUACCGGAGGAUUUAAAAGGUGACCAGCAAAAGAUUCAGACUGCCAAUGAGAGGGCCCUACAAGAGAUGAGGCAAAGAAUGGAAAGAGAGCUAGAGGAAGCUAAACUUGAACUUUUAGAGGAUAAAGAAACAAGGCUGAGAAAAUUGAAGAAUCAAAUCAAGCGUGAGAUAGAAGAAGAGGAGUCUAGACUGAGACACGAGAAACAGGGGACAAUAAAAUCUCUACAGAGUGAAGAGUUUGAUAAAGGGGCAUCACUCUUGCAGUCUGACCAUGCAAACAAUUUAGAAAAACUUAAAGAAGAUCUUGCUGAAAAACAGAAGACAGAAGAGGAAAACCUUCGACGUGAGAUGGAGGAAGCCUUGGAGAAGUUGCGACGGGAAGUGGGGUCAUUACAGAUGGAGGAACAAUCCAAACUAGAGGAGGAGAAAGCUAAAGCUCUUGAUAGACUAAAUAGAAUGGUCGAAGACGCAACCGAGGCUGAAAAGAAAAGAUUGGAACAAGAGAAGAAUCAAACUAUAGAAACAUUACAGGCCAGACAUAAACUAGAGCUGGAUAAGAUUAAAGAUGACCUUGACAGAAAACACAGAGAGAAAGUGCUAGAGGUCAAAGAUGAACUAGGAGACAAUCAUGAUAUGGAAAUAAUGAGAAUUAAGGAGGAGUUGAAACAUAUACAAGAGAAAGAAAAGGAGAUGAUGGAACAAGAAUUAGAGGGAGCAAGAAAGCGUCAAGAGGCCCUCAAUGAUAUGGAAAAAGGGCUGGAUGAAGUGUUGGAUGAGCGAAGAAAGGAAUUACGAGACCAGCAUCAGAAAGAACUGACAAGACUUAGAGAGGAUCAUUCUACUCAACUUAGAAAACUACGUGAUGAAUACUCAGAUAAGGAGCGUGAUGAGAAGAAAUUAUUGGAACAGAACAUGGACGCGGAGAGACGUAAAUUACAGAAACAACAUGAUAAAGAUAUGGAUGAACUACGACGAGAAUUUAACAGGAAACGUGAAGUUCUUUCUGAACAACUGGAAGAUGAGCUUCAGCAUUUUGAGGCGGAGUUAAAGCAGAAGAAGGCAGAAGUGAUUGGAAAUUUAGAGAAGGAGGAGGAGGAGCUUCAAGAGAAGAGGGCGGAGUUUGAGAGAAAGAAGGCGGAGAUAGAAAAAUCAGUCAGAAAUCUGGAAACUCAGGAAAGAAAACUGGAGGAGAAGAGGCGUAGAUUGAAAGAAGACAAGGAGAAAUUUGAAGAGGAAACUGAGGAGGCAUUUGCUAGCAGGACUGUGCAGCUCAGUGCAAACGAGAUAGAGCGCAUGAAAGCUGAACGUAAGCAGGUGAAUGAUGAAUUAAAGGAGGAGUCUGAGGCCCUGGAAAAGGUGAAGGCGGAGAGACGUGCCAUAGAGGGCGAGCUUCUCAAGAUGAAAUUAAGCCGCGAUACAAAUGCUAGAAAACUGAAGGAAAUGGGUGAGAAGUUGUCUAGGAAGGACAAGGAGCUAGGAAAUGUGCAACAGAAGCUUAUAGAAGCUGUGGAGGAGGAGAAGACGAUUGCGGAGGAGAAGUUGCGUAACAGUCAGGCAGAUAGGAGGCACAUGAUGAAUGGACAUGUAGAUAAUAACAGUGAUGAGGAGGAUACACAUAGGGAUCUGCAGCGACUGAAGAGAAAGAGUAGAGUAAGGAAAACCAAGGUUGACAAUGAUGAAUACGCAGAGAAAAAUGCUUGGAAUGAUUUAUUAUCAGAUGAUGACAGUCUUACGCUAGAUCUACCACUACAUAGAUAUGGGUUGAAAGAACAUGUAUCUAAGGAAAACAAUGCUAUAACUGUAUCUAAGGAGUUUCUACGUAAACAACGACAGUCACUCAAACGUCGUCAGGCAGCACUGCAAGCGGCAAAGCAGGAACUUGUUAGAGAUAUUAUUAAACAAAAACAGGGGACGUUGUCACCUGAGAGUGCACAUGUCCUUGAUGAUGUAAAACAGAGUUUAGAGAAGGAGGCAAUGGAUUUAGAACGUAUGACCAUACAGAUGAAUGCUGGGAACCGGCUUCUCAAAGAGAAAGAGAAAUAUCUUCACAAACUCAAGUCCAGGGCAUCAAAUGAUUUCAACAGUGAUUCAGACCUGGAUUGGUCACCAUUUGAGCAUAACUACAAACCAGCCAAGUUACCAAACUUUGAUCUUAGUGAUGAUGAAGGUAGUAGUGGUAUAAGCAGCACAGAUAAUAGUCUAGAUAAUGUCCUACAAGCAUUACAUAAGCAGGUAGACCCCUCCCAGCCAGCUAUAAUUUCAGCACAGUCAACUGGUCCCUUACCCAGUGAGAACAGAGGCACAUUAGAUGGUAACGACCCAUUAGCAAAGUCAUUAGUCAAGAUUAACAUGGAACUUUCCAAGGUUAUACAGAAUAUAGGGUCCCAACAUAGUGCCUCAAGUACUCCUGUACCAGGAUCUAAUAAUCCAGCACAGGACCCUUUAAAGCCUGCAACCAAAAAUGCUGUAGCAUCUGUCCAGGGAUCAAACCCUUACUUAUACAAUCCUCAACAUAGAGUUGACUAUGCAAGUUUAGUUUUAAAUGCUGAACAAUCUUUAGAAAGAAAAUGGAGAAAAUAUUUUGGAGAUCGACGACCCCCACUUACAAGUGCCACAGGUUUUGUGCCAUCAUCUUCUUCCUCAUUUGGACAUACCCCUAUCAGGGAACAGUUACGACAGUUCAGGUCAAGCUUGCAUGAUAUACCCGGUGCUGUAAACCCGCCCACAAUAACUCCAUCAGCCAAUGAGAGGCUUAAAGGGUUCAGUACUGAUGACCGAUUGGCUGAACAGAAAGAAUGGUUGAAGAAGUUUCAGCAAGAUUUGAGUUUCGGCACAUCAGGGUAUGGUGCGGCACCAAGCUAUGGAAUACCAAAUUUUGGAACCAUGAGUGUAGGACCCACUUAUGCAAAAGCUCCCGGCUCAGAUGCGGGCUCUGUUAACAGUUUAACAGGUGAAUCAGAGAAAGUUACAGAACCCGUCUCCUGUUCAACUCCGACACGACCUUCCGGCGGAUCUGGUGGCGUGAGACUUGAACUUGAUGAAAAUGACGAAAUACGAGUACGAAAAAUAUGACAUCAGUGAUCGGAUAGUGAAAUAUUUUACAGAGGAGAAGUUGUUUACAAUGUUAGAUGUUUGAGAUCGGAUGACAACAUGUUUAUCAUCAGAUCAUCAACAUCUGUGUAACUACAGUCUUUUUAUAGUUCUCAAACUAUAUUAAUAACGAAGAGAGAAGAGGUUGCAUUUGGUAUUUGAUCAAUUGUUAUUAAGAACAAAACAUUGAUGGUCUUCAAAGUGUAAUUUUUUUAAUUAGGCAAGAGCUGUAAAUCAUUACAUAAAAAAGUUAUACAUUGUCAUCAUAGAAUUAGUUUAUACAAUGAGAAUUAGUUGUCUCAAUGAAAAUGGGGUAAAAUGUAGAAAACAAUAGUAAAAUCACAAUAAAAGAUGUGGUCACAGUGAAAAAAUACUUAAACAAUGUAUAAACAAUGAACUUAGACAUUGAACAAAUACUGACGCUGUAAAAGUCUUUCAUCGAAAGAUGCUCAAAUAUUGAUUGAAAAGAGCUUUUCCACAUUGAACAAUGUC